AUGGGCGCUCUCCGCUUCCCGUCCCCGGCUUGAGCGUCACGGGGAGUGCUCGGAACCCGCGAGCAGUUUUGGUUGGGAAUGCUCGCGUCUCUGUUGGUUACGCGUUUAACUUACGGCGGAAUCUUUAUUCUUGCUCGCAGCAGCUCUCUGUAAGCGCGUUAUGUGAAGUACGUACGACAGCUACGACACCAGGCAAAAUCAAGGUUCCUGCAAUUACAGGUAAUUUGUGACACGCCUACAGAUGUGAAGAGAGCUGCGGGGAGGUCAGAGGAUUGAAACAAGACAAUGGAUUGGGGAGCUCUGCAUACCAUUUUGGGAGGUGUAAAUAAGCACUCCACCAGUAUCGGGAAGAUAUGGCUCACAGUCCUCUUCAUCUUCCGUAUCAUGAUCCUGGUUGUGGCUGCAGAGAGAGUCUGGGGAGAUGAACAACAAGAUUUUGUCUGCAACACACUUCAGCCCGGCUGCAGGAAUGUUUGCUAUGAUCACUUUUUCCCCAUCUCUCACAUCAGACUCUGGGCCCUGCAGCUGAUCUUUGUCUCCACACCUGCGCUGCUGGUGGCCAUGCAUGUGGCUUACAGGAGGCAUGAGAAGAAAAGGCAGUUCAGAAAAGGAGAUCAGAAAUGUGAAUUCAAGGACAUUGAAGAAAUUAGGAAACAGAGGUUUCGUAUUGAGGGCUCCUUGUGGUGGACAUACACCGGCAGCAUCUUUUUCAGACUGAUCUUUGAGGCUGUCUUCAUGUACGCGUUUUAUUUCAUGUACGAUGGGUUCCGAAUGCCUCGCUUAAUGAAGUGUAAUGCCUGGCCCUGCCCCAACACUGUAGACUGCUUUGUUUCCCGACCUACUGAAAAGACGGUGUUCACUAUUUUCAUGAUUGCUGUGUCCAGUAUUUGCAUUCUUUUAAACGUGGCUGAAUUAUGUUACUUACUGACAAAGUUUUUCCUCAGAAGGUCUAAAAGAGCUGGAAAUUCGAAAGAGCAGCCCAACCAUGAGAAUAAGGAAGAAACCAAACAAAAUGAAAUGAAUGAGUUAAUAUCUGAUAGCUGCCAAAACACAGUUAUAGGGUUCACAAGUAGCUAAAGUGGUGUCAAUGCUGAUGCUCACUCUUUUUGGAGUGAAUGUUUCGUUUAAAGGCUGCAAAUGAAAUUUGUUGUAUGAAACAAAGUUGGGUGAGGUUUUGAUGCAUAGUGUCAGAUGUCGAGUAGGUACAUGUGUGGGAAAAGUCAGGGCAGCCUAAACAUGUGAAAAUUGUGUGAGGAUUAAAUAGGAAGGUACACUUUCCUGUGAGUACCCUUACAAGCUGACUAUGACAAGUGGGAAGCCCACUGCUCCCUUCAUGCUGACACAGCUCCUGAAAACUAAAUGCAACAGCAAUAAGAACAAAACUCUUUCCAAGCUAGGUAUUCUAGUAUUACAAGAUGUUUUGUAAUAGUGAUAGUUUUUACUUGUGAACUGAUGAUUAAAAUAUUUUUCUAAAAUCUAAGAUUCCAUGUUACUUAAGGUGUUAUAGUACACAACUGUGUUUUAUUCUUAACCAGGCACAUGCAGAUGAACCCUGUAAUACCAUAUUCAUAGGGAGGAGAUGGCAAUAGGCUACAUACAUCUUCACAGCUUGCAAGUGCUGCUUGAGUCUGGGCAGGUAGCUGGAGAUGCUUGCAUACACACUGCUGGCUGUAGGGGAAUUGUAUGAAAGCCUACCAGUGUGGAUAAUUGAGAUACCUAGAUUCUGAGAACAAACUCGUGCCUAAAAACAGCACAAAAAUAUAGUUACAGCCUAUGUAGAUUUGUUUAAACAGCUAGCAGACCUGGUCAUCUUGCUGAUCUCUUUAUUGCAUACUGUCAGUUUUAUAGCAACUUGCAUAAGUUUAUGUAGAUGUUUAUUUCUCUAAUGUAUUAGCUUUGUUUCUUUAUACUGUAUCACAUCAUGGAACUUUUUGGGUUUUGAUUUGUUUGCUUUUUUUGUAGUAGACUGAUGGUGCUGUUAUGAGACUUGAGUCUGUCUGGUUUCAAGGACAUGGAAAAGUAUUCCUGGAAAUGGAGCAAGUCUUCUGAAUAAAAGGCAAACACUUUAACCUUUCUUAGUGAAGUGAGAGUCUAUAUGUGAAUGCUAGGCAAGAUUUUAAGUAGGAACUUAUAAAAAACUUUUUCAAGUUGAGAUUCUACAUCCAAAGUGUGUAUAACCCCCUAGGAACCCCUCAUUCCCAUCCAGGGCACUGAUGCCCUAAUUCUGUUGUCCAUAUUCUAAUGGAGACAGACAGGAAACUCUGAGUGCAUGGCAUUAUGUGGCUGUGGGAGGGAUGUGCUUGGGAAAGCAGGGGAACCUGAAAGAACCUGAAAGUCAGAGGUGGGUGCAAUGCAAAGCAGCUAUAUUGUCAUGUGUGCUUCCUCUUUUGGGCUACUUCUCACCAUCACAGGUACACUGACCUCGGUAGAGCUAAGUUUUGGGGGGUUGUUUGUCUGUUGUCAUUUUACAGAUGUAUUGGCCUCACUAUUUUUGUAUAAUGGAACUACUCUUCCGAGGUGCAGAACAAAGAGCAGGCAUCCUUAGGAGCAGAUAUUGCAGUGCCCUUUCCUCCUGCUGUUGUAUCACACUUCUUACAGGUGCUAGCACAGCUCUGUGUGUGUCCAUGCUUCAGUAGAGGGCUUCAGUGGAUUGGUUGUUUUAUUUGUGACUAGUAAAACCCUAACAGGGAGCAAGCACAAGCAACAGGAGAGAGAAAAUACCUAGUCAGCUCUGUCCCUGCAUGAGGGCCUGAGCUGAGCCCUGCCAUUUAUCUAUUCUCUUCCACUGGCAAACUCCUGAUCUUUCCUGCCUUCACAGCACAUUUUCUUUUUUAAUCACUGUUGUGAAAAGAAAUUGCUGCUAGUCUUCUGAAUGUGUCUACCAGCAAGCUCGAGGAAAAAGUAUACACAAGUAUAGUAUACUCGUGCAUAUUAUUCUCUCUGCAAAUUUAAGGAAGCUGAUCCCUUAGGGUCAGGAAGGUGGGUGCUCAGGCUGUACCUUGCUGGAUCACUCCCCAGGUGCACAAGCAGAGUGGUGGUUCCAGGGUACGAAGAUACAGCUAAUUCUCUUCCAGGACUUUUUCAUGAAACAACUUGAGACUGGACUUUCAUCUGGGUCAUCUGUGAAUCACAUACCAUAUUGUGACUAUAAAUGGAGAU